AUGGCCACGACAAACGGCGACAUCAUGCUAUCCCGAACUGAUGCCCUUCCCGAUAACCUGGAGCCGCAAAGUCGAGAUGACUGCUCCAGUGACAGCAAUUCAUCGAUAUGCAUACCCAGGUCGUCAAGCCCCCCUCGACCGGCUAGAGUCGGACUGCCGGAUCAUCUCAACCUCGACAACAAAGCAGCGCCGGCAGCCGAACCGCCGUUAGGCACUAUGACAAGCGGUCCGCUAGUGCGCAAAUUGAACUCUAAGGAACGGCGUAAGGAGCAACGGCGCAAGCAGCAGCGGAAGGAGGAGCGGCAGCGACGCGCUGAUGCCGCAGAUAUCGCUGCGGCAUUGGCGACAGCUUCGAAAAGACAAUGCGUUCGGCCCAACGAGGGGCCUAAGCUACACCCUAUAGUGUUGAACUUCGCGGGCAUCAUGGCAAAGCUGUCGGGCGUGCCCCACUACCCCCCUCCAGCCGGCCCGUUCUAUACCGCUUCCGACCAGCUAGUGGGCGUUCUUCGGAAGCUCAUCCACACCUGGGACAUCGACUGCGCGCUAUGCAGGCUCCAUUACAAGGCCCCCGACACGACGACGCACCGAUUGGAGAACUGCGACUGUCUGGAUGAGUCUUCCGAUGCGCGGUGCUGGCUCACAAUGUUCAAGUCGUACCACGCAUCCUGCAACGGCAAAGGCUCUCGGUGCUCGGAGUGCCUCUUCCCAUCAACACUCUGCUUGCGUACGGUGUAUCGCGAAGAUAUGGACGAGGAGUACGGCCACGAAAAGGAGGCACGCGAAAACUGGGGCGUCAUCUACAUGGAGGCACAAUGUGACUGGGUCAAGGUCAUUCAAAGGUUCGUGUCUGGUUGCAUGGUCGUCGGGGGAUGCCUCGAACGCUGCGGCGGCAUAAGCGUUCUUGGGUCAGCUGCGCUGGACCAUAUGGGCUGGCAGGAUUGGCAGGGUCUGAGAGAGAACGGCCCCAACCAUAUCCAAUGCUGGCUCCAAGAGAUGGACGAAAUCAGUGGGCUGCGUUGCCCACGGCUGUUGAAGCUUUUCUGGUUCCUAGCGCACGUUGCCGCUUGUGUUGUCAGAAAGCAACUGUGCAAGAUGUGCGUGCGCGGUGUCGCGACGGGUCUAGUGCGCAAGGUCAGGGCGAUUCAGGCCGAGCUGGAAGCUGCUGUUGUGGAGAUUCCGCAACCUCUUCUCGCAUUCUUUCUGAUGGCAGAAACUUCGGCUCUUACGCCAGCAUCCAUCCUCUCCGUCGGUCGCAAUGUCGCUCUUCCUGCGCUGCCCUUGCCUGAGAUGUCCAGAGCGAACAUCCAGGCUACCUUAGCCCUCUUGGCGGAGAAGACCAAGUUUGUGAUGAUGAUCGUUUGGGCUCGGUCGUUGCACGGCGUGGAAAUGGCCCCGGUUCAAAUUUUGUGGGCGGCGAUGCUGUCGUCCGUAGACGCGUCAUGUUUCGCGGCGUGCUCUUGA